AUGACAAAUGGCUAUGUAAAGCAAACGAUUGAAGCACCAACAAUUGUUUAUUUUGCUGCUUCAUUAUUCAGUUAUCAGGAACUGGCUGGAAAUAUCCUUCUUGCAGAAGCAAUUGAACGGGUUUCUCAAGGACGUUAUAAAAUUAUGCUUCCUCAAAAUGAUAAACAAGACUCUGAUCAUGGAAAAGAUAUUCGUGAUCAUAACUUUGCUUCUAUUGCAAAAUGUGAUAUGAUUUUGAUCAAUUACAAUGGUACAGAAAUUGAUUCAGGUACUGUUGUUGAACAACAAUUUACUCGUGACCUUGAUAUGCCAGCUGUUAUAGUUCGAACGGAUUUUCGUCGAGGUGGCGAUUGUAAUUUGCCAUUUAAUCUAAUGGCCGGAUAUUAUCCAAGAACGGAACUUGUAGAAAUUAAUGCAAUGUCCGAAUUGAAAAUUGCUGAUGCACAAGUUGCAAAACAUCUUUCGAUAGAUGAUCGAAAUAAACAGAUUCAAAUUCAAAUGGCCGAUUCAAUUGCACGAAAGGUUCUGGUGGCGCUAGAUAAUACGAUUACAACAUCUCCACUUAUGCCCGCUGAACAUCGAAAACAAAUUCAUGAAUGGACGAUUACGAAAAUGGGAAUUGGACCGAAGUACGCAGCAGACAUUCUUGCAAGUCUGAAAGAACAAACCGUACGUGACUUCAGUUCACGUGUUUAUCAGUAA